AUGUUUUAUUCUCAGUUUAUAUUGGCCAAGAAAGGGCCACUUGGAACGAUAUGGAUAGCUGCACAUUUGGAGAGAAAGCUCCGGAAGAAUCAAGUUGCUGAUACUGACAUUGGCGUCUCUUCUGGGAUGUAUGGAAUGUUAAAAGACUGGCUCGUUUAUGACAGAACCAGAAAUCGUGCUGGCUGCUUGAUAUUGGGUUUUAGAAAUCGUUAUGGAAUGAUUUCGCGGAUAAGCUCUCAGUCUAGAAUUUCACUCUCUGGCUAUUCAAUCCUUUUUCCUGAAGUACCAAUUGCGCUUCGCUUGUCCAGUCAUCUUCUGCUUGGUGUAGUGAGGAUAUAUUCUAGGAAGGUGAAUUACCUCUUCGAUGAUUGCAGUGAAGCUUUGCUUAAGAUUAAGCAAGCUUUCCGCUCCACUGCUGUUGAUUUGCCGCCGGAAGAGUCCACUGCACCUUACCAUUCGAUAACCUUACCUGAGACUUUUGAUCUUGAUGAUUUUGAACUGCCAGAUAAUGAUAUCUUUCAGGGCUUUCUCCUUGACGGUUGUCUCAUGGUUGGGAGGAGAAAUCUCUUAGAAACAUAUAUUGCUUUGAAGUUACAGUUGCUUUACACGGUUGUGUUGUGCAUGAAUUGUAACUAUGUUGAUCAUCACGUCAGUACACGUGAACAGAUCACAUUACAAGAUACCAUGGAGGGUGCAGUUUACGCUACUUCACAGUUUGGAUUAGAUGAGAGGUUUGGUGAUGGUGAUGCUUCUCAAAUUGGUCUAGACCUUGAGGAGGUUUGUCUAUUUGAAGUGGGGCCUAGUUGGUUUUAUGCUUUUGUUAGUCAUAAUACUGAUUUGGGUGCUCCAAGCCUUUUGGGAUUUGUUACGGAAAAGGCAUCCACUUUUGAGCGUGAUGGCAUAUUGGAGGCUAAUCCUCAAGAAUCCGUGCAAUCUGACAGACCUCUGGAUGAAAAUGAAAGGAAAGAAGAAGAAACUGAAACACUGGAUGGGGUGCAGGUGAAAGUCGGUGGAGACAAGAUUGAUGGUGCAUCCUCUGGUACUGAAGCUAGUGAAUAUGCUCAAGGGCCAUCUACUCCUGGACUUAAAGAGCCAAACUUGGCUCAGGUCAUUAAUGAAGCAGCUUAUCAUAAUUCAACUGAUUUUCUAUCGAUUAAGAGCACACAAGAAUUUUCAACUGUGCUAGAGGAAGUUGCAAUUGAUCAUUCUGUGCAAGAUAAUGUGAAGAAUGGUAGUGUUUUAGAUUUUCACCAUGGGGAGACUGACUGCCUUUUGGGUGAUUGCGAAAGAGAGAAUUGCCCACCCUUUGUGCCAGAAUGCACAGAUGGGAUUAUUAGUGCUUCUGCUGUACCUGAGAAGGUGGAAGAUUUGCACGAUGGGGUUGCCAUAAAUAAUGAGCCAGCUGUGGCUUCUCUGGACCAAACUGUUAUUGAUGAUGUGGUUUCUAGAAGAGCAAGUGCAAGUGAAACUGUUGCAUCGCCAAGUUGUUCUCAUGUUACGUCCGAUCAGGAGGUCCCCAGUUGUAAACUUUUGUCUCACUUAGAUGUCUCAAAAGGGUCAGAAUCAGACGGUCAUCUAAAGAAUAAACAUGCAUUGUCAAAACAUGAAACUUCAACUGAUGUUGAAAUUGCUAACAGUGAGGGGGAAUCCGCUCCCUUUGGUGAGGUUAAAGCACCCAGUGUUGUGCAUCUUCUAGGUUCACCUGGGAGACCUGAGGAUGUUGAUGUUGAAGCACAGACCUCCCAGGAAUUGAAGGAAGCAGAGGUUUUGAACCAUGUUGCUCAUGAAGCUGUACAGCCAGAUGAAUUACAUCUUCGACCAUGCACAUCCCAUAUGGGCCAAACCAAUGUGUUGUUCAUUGGAGGUGAUUGUCAGACAACAGAGCAAUCUUUGUGUGAACAAAUUCACCAAGAUCUGGAGAAAUCCGAUGAGCAACAUGGGAGUCAGAUCUUUGUUGAUAAUCCAGUAAGAAGUGACAGCAAAUCUGUUGCUUCUGACAUGCCAGCGCCUGAAAAAAUGCUCUCGCUAGCAUAUCAACAGAGUGUUGGACCUAACGAUUUGAUGAUGGAAUCUACGCCUGACAGUUGGGAUACACCUAGAGGCAUCAAGAGUGAUGAAGGAGUGAAAUGUGUCUCAGGUAAAAAGCGAAGUUUCACUGAAAGUACUCUGACAAUGCAGAGUGUGGAUUUGGCUGAAUCAUAUGGAGGGACCCAAUCCAAGAGAAGUGCAGAUCUCCUUCCUGAUGAUGACGAUUUAUUGUCUUCCAUAUUAGUUGGAAGACGAUCUUCAUUUUUGAAAGUGAAACCCACUCCAGCAGCCUCUGAAGUGGUAUCAAUAAAACGUCCCCGUUUGGUAUCACGCACUAGUGCCAUAAAGAGGAAGGUGCUUACAGAUGAUACAAUGGUCUUGCAUGGCGAUAUAAUACGGCAACAACUAACAAAUACUGAAGACAUACGUCGCACACGGAAGAAAGCUCCUUGCACUCACCAAGAAAUAUUAAUGAUUCAAAGACAAUUUCUGGAGGAUGAAAUUUUUCAAGAUCCAAUAUUUACAGGUGUGUCAGCUGAUUUGAUACUUCUGCGAAAUGAGAAAUUGGAUCUAACUGGGAUUAGGGUUUGUGAUUACAUUUUAGACAGUUCUCUCUCAGAAGCAACAAAUGAUAAUGAAUCCCAUUCAAGAACAAAUGUUACUGAUAUUCAUGGAGUGGAAAGAAACAUUGAACCUGUCAUGGUCCAAGAUGCGGAGGAACAACCUUUUGGGGCACCUAUUGUGCCUGAGAGCAAUCAGCCUGAAUUUAAUGCAGAAUCUCUUGAUAUUAAUAUUCACAGGAAUACAGAUGUUAUUUCCCAUGUGAAGGAGGUUCAAAUUUCUCAAACCACCAAAAUGAAUGGUUGUAGAGAAAAUAUUGAGGUUUUUGACUCUCAAAAUUGCUCCAUUACCCCUGGCUUGGAAUCAUCAUUUCAUGCUGAUUCUGUCUUUGACAACAACCACUGUAUGCCUGAUGAUUUUGCUGCUCCAUUGACUGUAAUGCAUAAAAGCAAUGACUUGGAUGGUUAUGGUUCUAUGCAUACAGAUAUACUGGGCAUAUCAUCUUCCCAGAAUUUGCAUGCCCUCCCUAUUCUAGAGAAUGAACUUGCAGAGAGUAAAAUCAACAGAAGUGGAGUAGGCAUCUCUGAAAUUUCAGAAGACAGAGUUGAUAUUAGAACAGAAGUUCAAAUGGAUGGUUCUGAGACUCAUAACAGUUUAUACACAUCAUUGGCUACUGGAUGUGAGAGAAUAGAUGAGUACGCUAAUAACCAGGCUACCUCAAAUAGGGACCUACAUCUUGAGAAAAGUGGAAACAACUUGCUUGGGGGCAUAAAUGAGGAUCAAAUGCUUGCCUCUGGUUCUGGGUAUGAUGAUAAAGUCUCAAGGUUUGGAUGCAGUUAUAGUGAAAAUACUAGAGUAGAUUAUUUACAUGGUGUAGCUGUUGUUUUGGAUGCCAAAGAGAUUUCUCUAAUUGAUGAAGAAAAUUCAGUUUCUCAUGAAGCUGACCAGAGGAGUAGAAUGCACCAUGAAAUUUCAGCUAUUGAGAGUUCUUUGGUGGACCAAAAUGAUGAAAAUAUUGUAUUUGCAGAGGAUACAGGGUUUCUGAAUGUUGAUGAUGAUAUGGUUCAAGGUGAUGAUGAUUAUAUACCAUGUGAUGAAGGAGCUCUUCUAGAAAAUAGCGGAUGGUCUUCUCGGACCAGAGCUGUUGCCAAGUAUCUGCAGGCUUUAUUUGAUAAGGAAGAUGUGCAUGGAAGGAAGAACCUGCCACUUGAUAAUCUAAUAGCUGGUAAAACCCGGAAAGAAGCCUCAAGGAUGUUUUUUGAAACACUGGUUCUCAAGACCAGGGAUUAUGUUCAUGUAGAGCAGAUGAAACCCUUUGCAAAUAUUAACAUCAAACCUCGAUCAAAGCUGAUGAAAUCAGAUUUCUAAGCCUUGAAUAGGAUUGGCUGAUGUAGUUUUAAAGAUACAGAUGGUUCCAACUUGGUUCAUGUCUACCAUAUUGGGUAAUUCUUCAUCCCCCCACCCGCUCCCUUUUUAAUGAUUUUUUUGAGAUAGGGGUUAGCUGUCUAGUUCUUUAAUGGGUUGUUCUGUAGCGGGGGACAGAUGAGCAUGAAGAGGCACCUGUAUGAUGCUGACUGUAGUAACAACAUAGUCGGAUCAAUAUUUUAUGUAUAUAUUUUUGUAAAAUAUCGCCAUUUGUGACUCUAGUUGCUAAUUUGUAUGUUUGUGAUUCAAACGGUUCCGUGCAAGAAAGGUUGGUAUUUUGCUAUCGCUCUCUUUGUCAAGGUGGUUUUGGAGUAGUAGUCGUCAUCCUAGAUGUUAUUGCAAUGGUUAUCAAAUCAUGUACCUAUGGAUUGUAUAGUAUCAUCUUGUAUUGAUCCUUGAAGAGUUACAAGACAUUUGUGAAGAAUUGUUUAUGAGCCCA